AUGCGGGGGGGGACGCCGAGCUCGUCGAGCUUGCUGAGCGACGACCCGGCAUUCCUCGAGGAGCUCGCGAGGGUCGCGACGCCGCGGGGGAGUGCUGAGGAGGGGGGGAGAGGGGUGCCGAGCGAGCCGCACGAGCCGCCACUCUCGCCGCCGCUCUCGCCGCCGCUCUCGCCGUCGCUCGAGGCGUCCCAGGGCAGGCCGGCGUACCUCGAGGGCGACAUGUACAAGGCCAUUGGCUUUGGCGACUGGGGGGCAUACAUGAGGAACAAAAGGGCCAAGCUCAAGGUACAGGAACGCGACAUCGCUCCAGAAAAGGAGUCGGACGCACUCAAGGGAUGCGUGAUCUACAUCAACGGUCGCACGGACCCGCCGUACGCCGAACUACGCAGGAUGAUUGCCUUGAACGGGGGGGAUCAUAUGCCGUACCUCGACCAGAAGCGGCCCUGCACGCAUAUCGUCGCAAGCCGCCUCACCCCGAAGAAAGUCGAAGAAUUUCGCAAGUACCGCGUCGUGCUCCCCGGAUGGAUUGUCGAGAGCUGCCAGCGGGGCGUACGUGCGGACUGGACACGGUGGCGGUGCCCAGACAUGGUGUCCUCGACGACCAUGCCGCUCUUUGGCGCGGUCGAAGAGAAGAAGAAGGACGAGAAUAAAGCGGUGGCAAAUGCAUUGCUGCCCACGACGUCGUGGCGCGCGUUUGGCGCAGAGGACGACGAGCAGGAUGCCGAGACGAGUGCUGGUGAAGACGAGAAAGGUGACCCCGACCAAAACGAUGGGCAGCGUGAAAUGGGCCGAGAAGCGGAGCCAUCGCCCAGCGGGCGAAUGGAUUUUGCGGAUGCACCCGCCGAGAAUCCUCUCCCCGACGUUGCUUCUCUGUCGGACGACCUCGAAAAAGAAGAAGCUGCUCCUGAGCCGCUCGUCGAUGCACUCGAUGCUUUCCCUGCCGAUUCUCCUCCGAAAGCCGCUCCAGAUACCCCUUUGGACGCAGAAAACACGCACGAUACCCCUAUACCCCCCCGCGUUCCGCCGUACGCACCUGCUACGCGGUCUUCCCAUGCCGCCGCUCUCCUCUCGGAUGCAUCGUGGCGUGCGGAGCACACGGCCACCAAUGCCGGCUUUCUCGCCGGCUUUUACUCGAGCAGCCGUCUGCACCACCUGAGCAUGUGGAAAGCGACGCUGCAAGAGCUCGUGGCCGAGGCCCUGACCCAGAGCGGGCGCACCGAGACGCCGGCCGUGUCCGGCCCCCGCACACUGAUGCACGUCGACUUUGACAGCUUCUUUGUCACGGUCGGCCUGCGUCUGCACCCCGAGCUGCAAGACAAGCCGGUCGCCGUGUGCCAUGCGACGCGCGCCGAGCACGUCUCGAGCACGUCAGAAGUCGCUUCGUGCAACUACCGUGCCCGCUCGUUUGGCAUCAAGAACGGCAUGAGCCUCGGCCAAGCCCGCCAGCUGUGUGCAGACAUUGCCACGAUUCCCUACACGUUUGACGCGUACUACCAAGUCUCGCUCCAGUUUUACACGCUGCUCCUCGGAAUUGGUGACGCGCUGCAAGUCGUGAGUGUCGACGAGGCGCUCAUCGAUGUGAGCCUUUUGCUUGAGCGCCUGCAGCAAGUCCCUGCGCCGCGGCUCCCCCAUGCAUUGACGGAGCGGUUUGCCAAGCACGCGACCGGGGCGACCACUGCGGCGCAUGCCCUCGCCGAGGCGAUCCGCGAAGCGAUCCGCGAAGAGACGCAGUGCGAGGCGAGCAUCGGGAUUGGAGCAACGAUCCUGCAAGCGCGCCUCGCGACGCGGCGUGCCAAGCCCCGCGGCGCAUUUCAUCUCGAGGCCGAGCACCUCCCCGCCUUCCUCGCGCCUCUCGAUGUGCGCGAUUUGUGGGGCGUCGGGUACUCGCUCUGUGAGCGAUUCCAGGCGUGGCUCGGCACGACCAAGGUCGGCGAAAUUUGUGCCAUGACCGACGAGGACCAGCUUGUGCGCCAUUUUGGCCCCAAGCUCGGGCGCUCGCUGUGGGAAAAACUGCACGCGGGCGGCACGGAUAUUGUGCAAGGCACGCGUGUCCGCCAGACGGUCGGCGCGCACGUCAACUGGGGCGUGCGUCUAUCAAACACGAACGAGGUGAAUGCGUUUGUGCAGCGUGUCUGCGACGAGGUUGCGCAGCGUGCCGCACGGCUGCGCGUCGUCGGCCAGCACCUCGCGAUCCAGGUCAUGCAGCGUGCGCCAGACGCGCCGAUCGAGGCGCCCAAGUUCCUAGGGCACGGCAGCUGCCUUACGCACCACCGCUCGGACCGCAUGCGCGCGACGAACGAUGCGCAUGCGCUGAUGCACACCGCGUGGCCGAUGGUGCUUAAACUGGCCAUCCCCCCGAGCGACGUGCGUGGCCUGGCGAUUUCCCUCGGCAAGCUUGCGCCGGUGCACGUCGAGCUCGAGCAGCCGCGGCUCGCCUUUCCGAAGAAGGAAGAGAUCGAGGCGACGCCGCCUGGGAGCCUCUUUCAGAUCCCGUCUGCGUCGCAGAUCGAUGUCGAGGCGAUCGAGCACCUUCCGGAAAGGAUGCGGCACAGCGUGCAGGCCGCGCUCGACGCGCGCACCGAGCGCCCACCGCCGACGGCGAGUUUCGAGGCGCUCGCUGCGUCGCUCGGCCUCGAUGCCGACGUGCUUGGCGAGCUCCCUGCCGAUCUCCGCGACGAGGUGCUGUCCGAGAUGCAGGAACGUGCCGCGCCGACGACGCCGCGUAAGCGCAAGAGUGCCACGCCUCAAGGCACGCCGACGACGCCGCGGCGCGCUGGAUUCGGGCAGCGUACGCCGACCUCGACGCCGCGCAAAAAGAGUCCGCAAAAGAGCCCCCAAAGUCGCCUCGCCGCCUUUCUCUCGCCGACCAAGUUCAAGGCCGAGACGGCGAGGCCCGCGCCGCUCAACGACGAGACGCCCGAGGCGCAGGGCCGAGUCGACGUGCCCCUGUCGCCGACGCUCCGGGCCAUGUCGAUCGAUGUGGACGUCUUUCGCGCCUUGCCGCCGUCCGUGCAGGCCGAGGUGUACGCCGAGCACCUCGCCGCGUCCGAGCACCGCAGCCGACUUCGGCGGCGGCCUGAGCGCCCUGUCGAGCGCACGACGGCGGCCGUGCGGCGGCAUGCCGCCGAGGCGGCCGUGCAGCACGAAGCCAAGAUCCGUACGGACGCCAAGACUUUUCCGCGCGACGACCCGGUGAUCUGUGCGGCGCGUACGUGCCUCGGCGAGUGCGACGGCCCCGAGCCGCGUGCGUCGCUCGUGCAAGUCGCCGCCCGCCCCCCGCCGCCGUUGCUGCACGCGCGCCUCGACCUGGACACGUUUCGCAUGCAGAUCGCCGAGUGGUACCGGCAGUGUCGGCACGACGCCCCCCGCGCGCACGACGUGCAGCGACUUGAGCGUGUGCUGCUCGAGUGUGUCGACCACGCGCUCGGCACGGCCGACGGCGUGCUGCGUUGGUGGGACUAUAUCCUGGGCGACGACGCGCCGGCGUCCUGGCGCGACGCCUACUGCGCCGUCGCUGCCUCGGUCUACGCCGCGGUCCAAGCGCGGUACGGUGUGCCGCUCGCCCACGCCGCACGGUAG